UGGAAGCGCAGCCGGGGCAAGCGCUGCUGCUGGCUGCACCGGCUGGAGGCGCUCGGGGAGGCUGCUGCGUCCCCGCUUGUCCCGUUCGCAGCCGCCCACCCUGCGCCGCAUCGCUGUCCGGCCCUGCAGCGGUGUCCGGUCCGCCCCAGGGACCCCCAUCGUCUUCUGCGUCGCUUUUAGCCCUCGCUCCGGGGCUCGUGGGCCGAGCACGUGCUGUGCUGUUGCUGCGCGGGCGACUUCUGGCUGCGUGUCUAAAAGCAGCUGCGAUUGCGCCGCCGAGUUGGUGAUUGCAGGGUGCAGGGGGGGCUCGGGCAGGACGGGGCAUCCCUCCUGGCCCCGGGGGCAGGACGGGGCAUCCCGCCUCGGCGGCACGUGCGCGGUGCGGGGCCUCACCACUGCCCCUUGCCCCCACGGCCCCCCCCCCAGCACCUGGAGGAGGGGCGAGCGCCUGUCCGGCGCUGCCCGCCGAGCCCUCGCCGAUAAGUAGCCCGGCGCCGGCGUGGCGGCGAGAGACGCCAUGGCCGAGGCACCGGUGCUGCGCGCCAGGGCCGAGCUGCACGCGGUGGCCCGAGGGGCUGCGGCGCCCGUGCCUGACCGCCCGGCCCCAUUUCAGGACGCCAUCCGGACCCUCAACACGCUGCAGACCAACGCCAGCUACCUGGAGCAGGUGAAGCGGGAGCGCGGUGACCCCCAAGCCCAGCUGGACGCCAUGAAGGGCUUUUUGGAGCGCAGCGGGCUGCAGGUCGAGGACCUGGAUCGACUGAACAUCAUCCACGUCACGGGGACGAAGGGCAAGGGCUCGGCGUGCGCCUUCACGGAGCGCGUGCUCCGCGGCUACGGGCUCAGGACGGGGUUUUACAGCUCCCCCCACCUGGUGCAAGUGCGCGAGAGGAUCCGCAUCAACGGGCAGCCCAUCAGCAAGGAGCUCUUCAGCAAGUACUUCUGGCUCGUGUACAACCGGCUGGAGCAGACCAAGGACCCGGCGCGCGCCAGCAUGCCGGCCUACUUCCGCUUCCUCACCAUCAUGGCCUUUCACGUCUUCCUGCAGGAGAAGGUGGACCUGGCGGUGGUGGAGGUCGGCAUCGGCGGCGCCUACGACUGCACCAAUAUCAUCAGGAAGCCCGUGGUGUGCGGGGUCUCCUCGCUGGGCAUCGACCACACCAGCAUCCUGGGGGACACCCUGGAGAAGAUUGCCUGGCAGAAAGGCGGCAUCUUCAAGCCCGGCGUGCCGGCGUUCACGGUGGCGCAGCCCGAGCGGCCGCUGGAGGUGCUGCGGGACCGUGCCCGCGAGCGCGCGUGCCCGCUCUACCUGUGCCCGGAGCUGGACGCCUUCGAGGAGGACGGCCGCGCGCUGGCGCUGGGGCUGGCGGGCGACCACCAGCGCUCCAACGCGGCGCUGGCCCUGCAGCUCGCGCGGGCCUGGCUGCGGCGCCGGGGCCACGAGGGUGUCGGCGAGCUGCAGGACUUGCCGCCGGCCCCGGAGGCGAGACGGCCGGUGCCCGCGGCGCCCGCCUUCCGCCCCGCCGCCGCCAUGCUCCGAGGGCUGCGCGAGGCCGAGUGGCCGGGCCGCACGCAGGUGCUGCCCCACGGCCCCGUCGCCUGGUACGUCGACGGCGCCCACACCACCAGCAGCGUCCAGGCCUGCGUCCGCUGGUUCCGCCAGGCCGCCCUCAACGAGGACAAGCGCCCGGACGGCUCCGAGGUGCGCGUGCUGCUCUUCAACGCCACGGGGGAUCGGGACACGGCGGCGCUGCUGAAGCUCCUGCUGCCCUGCCAGUUUGACUACGCCGUCUUCUGCCCCAACUUUACGGAGGUGUCAGUGGUGGGCAACGCGGACCAGCAGAACUUCAACGUGACGCUGGAGAGCGCCCUGACCCGCUGCCUGGAGAACCAGAAGACGUGGACGCAGCUCAUGGAGGAGAAGGUGGGCCAGGACCUCUGGCUCUCGGCACCGCUCGAGGUGGGCGGCCUGCUGAAGCCGGACCCAGUGCGGGGAGCCCUGCUCCUGGUGCCCUCCGCGGAGCGGCCGCUCAACUCCAACUCGCUGGUCUUCCCCUGCAUCUCCCACGCGCUGCAGUGGAUCGCGCAGGGCCGGGACCCCCACGUGCCGGCGCCCGUCGCCAAGGGGGCCCACCCGCACCCCGUGGCCAGCAGCGGGGCCGUGCUGCUGCAGGAGGCCGCCGUCAUCCGCGUCCUCGUCACGGGCAGCCUCCACCUCGUCGGGGGCGUCCUCAAGCUGCUCGACCCGGCGCUCUCCCAGUAGCGGGGCGCUGGGGCGGUUCGUUUUUGUUUUUGCACCUCCUUUUACUUGAAGGGCCGCCUCUUCCCUGCACAGAGCGCGGAGGCGGCCGGGGGACCCUCCGGGGCAGGGACCCCGCGGAAGCGUCGCCGCAGCCGGGCUCGGCCCUCCGGCUGCUCCCCCCCGACCCCACACCCGCAUCUCCUCCCUGCCUCGUCCCGGCUGUUCGCCUGCCUUUCCCCCCCGCCUCUGCCCUCCGUGGGGCUGGGAGCCGCCACGCCCCUCGCCGGGGGCACGGAGGGAAGGUUGAAACCUUUUCUCUGCCAAUUCGACCCCCCCAAGCACGUUUCACCCUGUUUCACCCAGUGCCUUUUGUUGCCACUGCGCCGCCCGCGCUGGCUUUGCCAGGGCCGCGCUCCGGUCGGGAUUUUGGGGCGAGCUUGGCUUAGAGCGGGGGGGGGGGCCUGCGUCCGCACUGCUCCAUGUCGGGGUCCUGGCACCCAGGGAGGGCUGCAGCCAGGUUUUUGGGGGGUUGUGGAUGUGCCCCUCCUCGCGGCGGUGCUCGAGCCCCACUUGCCAGGCUGCCUGUAGCCGUGGGCAUUGAUUGCAGACGAUGCUGCGAGGUUUAAACUUUAUGGAGUCGUGACUAAUUUAACAUAGGGUAGAUUUUUAUUAAGAGUUUGCAACUUUGACCAGAAGAUGGGUUGGAUGGGAGGCCUCCCCCCCCCUUUUUUUUUUUCCUUUUUUUUUUAAUAUAUAUUUUUUGUUUUAUACAAAUCGCCUAGUUUGGAGAGGAGCGGCAAGGCGCCACGCGCCGUCCGCCUUGCUGCAGUCCAAAACCAAUAAACCUCGUGCUGCUCUGA